GCUUGAGUCUAACCGAUCUACUAACCCGAAUAGCAAAAGAAUCGGGCUGGAUUAUCCAAAUACCUCAAUUUUUCCCCCAAAGCCAAACCCUAACAAAUUGGAUCAAACUAUUACCUUAAAUCACAUACCCUAGCUAAAAUUCUUGCAUUUUUACUAUCUCCCUUCUUCUCCUUUUUUUGUACUACUGAAGCUGGUAAAAGGAAGAAACUUUACAAUUCUUGUGUUUUACCCAGGCUUGAUCUGGAGAAAUGUUGAUGGGACAUGCAGAAGGGGUUCCAAAACUAGGUUCGUCGACAAAUUUACUUCUUUCUGAUCCUGAAUCAGAGUCGGACGGAGACGAAGAAGCUGAUACUCCUGAGAAAAUACUAUACAUGGCUUCUUUUGAUGAACUUGGAGCGGAAAGUGUUCAGUAUGACACUAUAAUAUGGCUCUCUAUAUCGUUGCUACUGGUUUUAGCUUGGGGGGUUGGAAUAAUUAUGUUACUCUAUCUGCCCAUUCGAAGAUAUGUGCUUAAAAAGGAUAUUUCGUCACGCAAACUUUACGUUACUCCAGAUGAAAUUGUUUACAAGGUGUCAAGACCUUCGUUUAUACCGUUUUGGGGAGACAUAAAAAUUGAAAAGCACGUUCCUCUUCCUUUAGUGAUAGAUAUCAUUAUUGAGCAAGGCUGCUUGCAGGCAAUGUUUGGACUACACACCUUCAGAGUUGAAAGUAUAGCUCGUGGAAAAGCUGCACCAGUUGAUGAACUACAGGUGCAAGGUGUACAUAAUCCUGGACUCCUAAGGAAGGUCAUCGUAACUGAAGCAUCAAAGGUCAUACAUGUUGGAAGGAGUUGGAGACCUGUGGUUCAAGGUGGUGAUGGUGAAAGUAUUGCUCGUACGGAGGCUUUAACUGGGGCUCAAGCUGUUUUGAGAUCACCAUCUACAACUUCAAGGCUGACGGGCUCUCCGCCCCAUGCUUCACCGGAUCACAGGAGUUUUGUACCUUCUGAUCUUCUGCUUCAUAAGCUUGAAGAAGUUAAUAAAUCAGUGAAGAAAAUUGAGUUUCUUAUCGAGAAGUCCCCGGCCACCCCAGGAAGCAGUUAACGGCGUUGAUAUAUGCCUGUGACUUCGCGUCUACAACAUGAGCGCGUAAAUGAACCAGAAAAAGUUGCUUACCUAGAAACUCUCAAGCAAUCCAGGAAACAGCUAUUGGUGGUCGAUUUGUGGCUUAUUGGCUUUUCUUCGUAAGAGUUAUGUAACCAGAAAAAAAAAAUGGCAUGCAACUCUAAAAAGCAGCUAAUAGGAUAUCUAUGCCUCAUUGCCUUUGAGCCAUAAGAUGUCACCUUCUGCAGUGCAAAUUAACUGGUUUAAGCCAUUGGGUGUGUGGUCUUCCCGAUGGUUUUGAGCUAUGUAUAUAUCUAGUGGGGCAUUUGAAACAUGAGCCUAAAUCAAAGUUUUUGGUUCAUUUCGUUGUAUUUGCAGAGAAUAAUAUGAAUUGGAGGCCAAAAGAGCCUUGUAGUUAGUAUGUCCAAUUUUGAGAUGCAUGGUUUUUCUCUCUU